UUCUAUUGCGUUUUAGCACUGAGCUGGCAGGUUUCGGGAAAUUGGUCAGACUGCAGGCGAAGCUGGGCAGGCAAACAGGAAAUAUUGGCCCCGCAACACACAAUCUUGUCAUAUAUUGAAGAACAGAAAGAAAGAAAACAAAAAUUCCGUUCACUGCUUCACUAGCAAAGACAUAAAAAAAGGCAAAAGCAUAUAGCUUUCACAAUCUCCAUCAUUUCAAGUGUCAUAAUGAGCUCUUUCACCGUGGACUCAGCGCUCAUUGCCAAAGUGACCGAUUACAUAGAGGUCUACAUGUCCAACUAUGAUCCAUCACACGAUUACAGCCACAUCAAGCGCGUCGUGCAUCUUGCACAGACGAUCCAGGCACAUGUGCCCAACACGAACCGCGAUAUUGUCACUCUUGCUGCACUGCUGCACGAUGUAGGCGAUAGAAAAUACCUCAAGCCCGGAGAAGACGCCACGCGCAUGGUCUUUACCACUUUAACGUCUCUUGGGGCGUCCGAGGCCCUGGCAGAGAAAAUACAAACAAUUUGCCUUGGCGUUAGCUAUUCGAGCGAAAUCAAGGACCUUGCGCACGUGCAGACGCUUAUUAAAGAACACCCGGAACUCGCUGUUGUGCAAGACGCCGAUCGACUUGAUGCAAUUGGAGCGGUGGGCAUUGGCCGAGCUUUUACCUUUGGGGGAGCCAAGGGAAGGGCCUUGGAUGACUCCAUUGGCCAUUUCGAAGAGAAGCUGUUGAAGCUCGAGUCUAUGAUGAAGACGGACUAUGGAAGGGAGAUGGCGCGGGAGAGGACGGAAAGGAUGAGGCUCAUGAAGGAGUGGUUUGAGCAGGAGACUGAGGGAGUUGAGUAGAGGAAACUUUGGGCUGAUGGCAUUUGUUAUAAGGAUAAAAUAUAUGUCGUUGUAUUUAGUGGAUGCUAUAUCUCGCGUUUACAUAAAGAUAGACUGAAAUGAUGAUGACUGUUUCUGCCAAGC